UAUAUACUUAUAUUGUAAUAAGUCUCCUGAUAUACAUAUAUAUUGUAAUAAGGGAAAGAAAGGUACGCGAAGAUAUCCGUUCAUCGGCGAAGUAUCUUGCACUUGGAAGUAUCGUCGCUCCGGCGAUGACUUAAAGUGUAAUCGUACAUAAGGACAGACUUAUAUAAGGCGACUGGUUGUCUUCUACGAUUCUUUCGUGCUGUGCUCCGCGGAACAACCCGGCCGGAGGAUCCAAAUUCGAGAGGAGACAGGAAUUUUUAGCCCCAACGAGAUCCAGAAAAGAAGAGAAUCUUCACGACCCCUCCUUGCAAAAGCGACGAGAGCACGAGAUACGAGGGAAUGACGGAAAGGGUUAGUCGACGAGCCGCCGCUAGGACAAGCUUCUUCCUGCUGGCGGUGUUCGUCCUGUCGUCCUGUGCCACGAACAGCAAGGUCCUCGCGAUCGCCCAACCCGAGCCUCUACCACCGGGCUUCAUCUACAGCGAUAAUUUUGUGGACGACGUGGAAAAUUCUGCGUUGAUGAAUCGCCUGAGGAUCCUGGCGGAGAAGAAGCACCGCGUGGACGCGCACAUCGAGCAGGAGAUCGCGGACGAGCGAGAGAUCACCGACGAGCAGAUCGGGAUCCAGGCGAUGCUGGAGGCGAAGGCGCGAGAGCGCGCGAACGCGGCCCAUCCCCCGGAUUAUCCCUUCGAGGAUUCGGAACCGCUGCCGAUUCCGGCCGCUAUGAUUCACCACGAGCAGCACCCCAGCAAACGACACGGCGUAAAUGCAGUUAGUUACAUGUCCCUGUGCCACUUCAAGAUCUGCAACAUGGGACGUAAGAGGCAAUCGAAAUAAGUUCCCGUAAAUGGCAUAAAGGAGGCAGUCGCGAGAUGUUGGAAACGGCCGGCGAGCGCAGCGAGGAGCCAAGGGAGACCUCAUUGUGCUUCUUUAAAGAAACAUUUAAGUAAAAGAUCAAUAAAACACAGCUUGUUACGGUCAAUUGAAAA